CCAAUAUCAAACAAUCAAGGCAAGACAUCAUUUGCUCUUAAUUAAAACAAACUUAAGAGGUUACUACUUCUCUUAGUUUCAUUGAAUCAUCAUGUCCCUUUCCAACUCAGGUGUAGGUGGCACUGGUACUAAUAGUUUGAUUAAAAAGAGUGCCACUUCUCCACAGCAGAACGCUUUGCUCCCUAAUCCAUUUGAUCUUAAAGACUCUGAAAUCCUGGACAAAGUGCAUCUCAUACAUGUCCCUGAUGAUAAUGAACUUUGUAAUACAGAUAUCAUUUCUGAACUCGUGUCUAGUGUUGUAAAUCAGAGUAUUACACAGAUUUCUGUUACCAGUUUCAAACCAGAAUUUCCAAAACUGAAGAUGAUUUCUUGCCAGAUGAUCACAACACGUAAUGCUGCACACUGCGCACACCAAACAACACUAUGGAUUCUUCAAAAGCUGAGAUCCUACUCAUGGGAUGCAAAAGCAGUCAUAACUCUAGCUGCUUUCACUUUGGAAUAUGGAAACUAUUUACACCUUAGUAAGAUGACAACAACAGACAUAGUUGGAAACUCAUUGAAACAAUUGAAUCAAAUGAUUAAUACCAGAAAAAUCUCAACUGAUAUAACUGAAUUGGUGAACGACAUAGUGCAUAUGUCGGUGCACUUAAAAGAGUGGGCAACAUUGGCUUCUAAAGGCUAUGAUCCAGAGGAUGUCCCAGCAUUGACUGACGCCUUGAAAGAGAUUCCUGUCUUGGUAUAUUGGACAAUUGCUUCCCUUGUUGCUUCUACCGGCAACCUCGUCGGUGUAUCGAACUAUAAUUUAUCAGAUUAUAGGAAGAGGUUUUCUGUUGUUGUUCCGGCGUUGGUUACUCAUCUCUCAAUUUGCAAACAGCAAAUAAGCAAAUUCGAAGAUCAACGUACCCGCUUAGAUAUCUUUAAAAAUCCCAAAGAUAUUGUAGAUUUAUUGAAAGCUCUGAUCCAUCGAAAUGGAACUGAUAGUCCUUCUAUUUAUGAAGGGAAAGACCUCGUUAAAUCGGGUCUUGAUAUCUUUAAGCAGAAACAUGUGCUGUUGUUCAUCUCAAGCCUCGACAACAUCAGAGAUGAGAUCUUACUUUUGAAUGCAAUCUAUGAAAGAUUGCAAGAAAAACCAAAAGAAGAAAAAGGUUUCAAGAAAGAAGACUUCAAGAUUUUGUGGAUCCCAAUUGUGAAGAGUUGGGACGAAGCGAACAAGGAAACUUUCAAAGCAAUGAAGAGUCUCAUAAAAUGGCACUUAGUGGAGUAUUUCUCAGAGUUACCAGGCCUUAAGAUAAUAGAAGAUAAAGAAGAAAUAGGGUACGUUGGUAGUCCUAUUAUCCCAGUCUACAACUCUAAAGGAAUAAAAACAAACGUUGAUGCUAUGGAGUUGAUUUUCCAAUGGGGGAUAUUAGGUUUCCCAUUUAGGACAAGUGAUGGUCACGACCUUUUUCUAAAGUGGGAAUGGCUUUGGAAAAUAAUCAAUAAAGCAACUCCUGGACUCCUGGUGAAAGGGGAUAGAUACAUCUUUAUCUAUGGUGGUACAAACAAUAAGUGGAUCCAAGAUUUCACAACUGAGCUGGACAAGGUCAAAAGGCAUGAGAGUGUGAAGCGUGCAGAUGUGAUAAUAGUGAAUUAUCAGCUAGGAAAGGAUGAUCCUAAACUUGUACAUAAUUUCUGGACGGGCAUACAAAUGAAGAAAUUACAAAACAAGGAACGUCAAGAUGCUGUGGACUCUAGGAUUCAAGAAGUUGUUAACAAAUUGUUUUCUCUCAGAAGAGAUCCACAAGGAUGGAUUAUUCUAAGCAAAGGGAAUAGCAUUAAACUUUUGGGUCAUGGUGAACCUGCUUAUCAAACUUUGCUUGAGUUUCCGAAUUGGAAAGAUAAACUUUUAGAGAAAGAAGGAUUUGACAUUGCAUUUCAAGAGUAUUAUGAGGUUAAGGCUAAAGAGACAGCAGAUCGUGAACCAUGUGAAGUUAUUAAUGUUGAUACAUUUAAUUCAAAUGUUAUAGCUACUAUAUCAUGCCCAAAUCCAAUGUGUGGCCGUGUCAUGGAGGUCUCAUCUGUUCAUUACAAGUGCUGCCAUUGUGAUGAGCCAAACAAUAUCAGUUUUUGAUUCUUCUUCAUGCAUGGGAGACACAACACAAGUUGUUCAUUGUCAUCGGUUAAUUUACUUUGGUUGUGCUUUUUUAAAUUCUGUUUUUCUUUUUCUUUUUGUUUGUUGACACCAUGUGUUUGUCCAAACAAAAUGCAGUGUGUGAUGUCAUGUGAUAACCCCCUUAAGUGGGUCCAAAUAAAUUCAUGACUUUAAUAUGUAUGUUUGUGUAAUAUUUAAGUUUAUUAAUGAAUAAAAUUAACUAGUAUUUCUGCAAAA